AUGGCAGUGGCAGCUGCUCAGGGCAGGAGAACCGGUGGUGGCAGUAGUAGGGCUGGCGGUGGCAGCUGUGGGACAGGCAGUAGCCGCAGCAGCUUGCUGGACAAGGGGAAGAUUGAUGAUAAGCCUGUAAAAAUUGACACAUGGGAUGGAUCAGCUGUGAAAAAUUCUUUGGAUGAUUCUGCCAAAAAGGUACUUCUGGAAAAGUACAGGUAUGCGGAGAAUUUUGGUCUAAUUGACCGUCGCCUCACCAUCUGUACCAUCUCCUGUUUCUUUGCCAUAGUGGCUUUGAUUUGGGAUUAUAUGCACCCCUUUCCAGAGUCCAAACUUGUUUUGGUUUUGUGCGUUAUAUCCUAUUUUGUGAUGACGGGGAUCCUGGCCAUUUAUACCUCAUAUAAGGAGAAGAGCAUCUUUCUCGUGGCCCAAAGGAAAGAUCCCACAGGGAUGGAUCCGGAUGAUAUUUGGCAGCUGUCGUCCAGUCUCAAAAGGUUCGAGGACAAAUACACUCUGAAGCUGACCUUCAUCAGUGCAAGAACAAAGCAGCAACGGGAAGCCGAGUUCACCAAGUCCUUUGCCAAGGUUUUUGACCACAGCGGGACGCCGGUCAUGGAUGCGUAUGAGCCUGAAAUAUCCAAACUUCGUGACAGUCACGCCACUGUAAGCAAAAUAAAACAGCCACUUCUAAAAGCAGCCAUCUUUUGGCCGGAUCAUGCUGAAUUAAAGGGUGAGGGAGAAAGAAACAGAGACCUUAAUAUGGAUAAAUCGGUCCAGCUCUCGCAGUGGAUUUCGGCCACCACCUCGUUUCCACAAGAUGUUAAUAAAAGUUCCGAAGCCCAGAGUCUAAUGGACCUCUGCAGCAGCCGACACCCCAUGGGUAUCGAAGAAUCUCGUAUAGUAGUGUCUCCCCAGCAAAGGAGCUCUUCCCAGGAGCCCUCCUGUGCCGCCUUCCAGAGCUGCUGCCCUUGUCAGCUGGACACAGAGACAGUGCCAGAGGAGGUGGACAUAGAGACAGGGCCGGAGGAGGAAGGACAAGAUAGAGAAAAGGGAAGAGAGAAAAGGAGAGAUGCGUUUUAG